UUAAAAUAUUAAAGCUUGUUUAAAAAAUACGCUAUCCUAUAUCAAGUGCGGCACUUUCCCGUUCCAUGUAAUUAAUGUUAUCAAGCGCUUUAUUUUCAAUGGAAUUCACAUACAGUAUAGGGUGAGGAAAGAUAAGACACCUUUUAUUUCUAUUUUCUCUAUCCAUUUAGUAGUCAACAAAGAAGAAUUAUAAAACUAUACCCCCACGACUUCUAGGAACCGAUGUUAACUGAUUAAAAUACAAUCAGGAUGUUUGGAUAUUACAGUGUAAAUGCAAAAACAUGCAUGUGUAAUGUGUUGGUAAAUUUGUCAAAGAAACAUUUUUUUAAAACAACAACAAAUAAAACAUUUUGAAAGAUUCGACGUAGUUUGCGAUCUUUGUAAAUUCCGAAGUCAGCCCAUCCCACUAUGCAUACAGUCGAACGUUUUUCAUUAGAAUUGUUUGUGCGUGUGCGCUUUUUUCACGCUGACUCGUUUUAUUGGUGCAAUUUAUUACGCAAAACAUCUCACGUGUUUAAACAGAGCAUAACCGAAUGACGUCAGCAGAGGUACACACGGCUCGGUCAACAAAGAACGAAAAGCGAUGAUGUAAUAAAACUUUAAUCAAAAGUAUCGCACAUUUUCGAGUAUCAUAACUACAGUUACUUUUUUGGUGGUCGUUCUUGUUCCCGUAUGCCAGAUAUACAUAUAUAACAAAACGUAUUCUAUACUUUACCUAUUAUCUACUUCUUAAUUUUAUGUUUGCAUUUCACUAAACACUGCGGAUAAUUUAAAUAUGGCUUUACCGUUAAGCAAAUAUUGCGCGGUCGUGGCAACCAUAAGAGUAUAAUAGACCACUGUUUAACUAAUGAUUUCAACUUUUACGACGUCGCCUAUAUAUACAUUUUGUUCUGUGGGUCAGUUAUUAGUUUUCUAAGUUGUUUGGGUUGGGUAUUCGUUUCUUCACUUCAAAAAAGGAAAGAACGCAAAGUAGCAGUGUUUAAUAUAGAAUUUAAAAAUGUGUUAAAUAUAGAAUUUAGAAAUAAUUUGAUUUAAUUCCAGCAGCAUACACAGAACUCUCUUUCACUAUAUACGCGCAGAAGUUUAAAACGUUUAUGAUAAAAUGCUUCGUAUUGUUGUCAUUGCUGUGUCUGUCCUCUGUCUUCUGUUGACUUCCGAUGUUUCCAAAGCAACAACAAUGAAUUCAACAACAACAACAACUAUGACUGUCAGUAAGUCAACUGAUACGGCUGUCAUGCCGUCACCACAACCGAACAACAGCACCGCUACAACUACUCAACCCAGCAUUAGCGCUACUGCUACAAUAACAGAUAAUACUACAAGCAGUUCAAGUGCACCGUCAAACAGUUCGGCAAAUUCAACACCUCCACCCAGCAGUAACACAACGGCACCGACAAAUGUUUCAGCAACUGUAACAUCAAGCACAGACAACAACAACAGCAGUAAACCACAAUUGUCAACAAAUACCACAAGCAAUACAGAAACAAUAAGUUCGACUCAGCCGUCAGUUGUGAUUACAACGCCAACAUCGGCAGAAGCGAACCAGUGCCAGCAAGUACCAAGCGUGUGUAAGGACCCUGGUAGUUGGUGCAACCAGAUCACUGAUAUGACAUUCGAAUGUCUGUGCAAACCUGGGUUUUAUAAUGACUCGCUAUCAUGUGAACCAGCAUUGCAAUUCGGUGGACAAUUAGUGUAUGCCAGCUCGAGUUUUAUGAGAGCUUCAGCCAAACAAGCAAGCAUUAGUGAAGUUGAAGAUUUUCUUAAUCCUAUUUACAAAAACACCAACGGGUAUAUUAAUGUUGAUAAUAUCAACGUAACAGCAGCCACGUUCGCCUCAUAUGUUCUGCUAUAUAAACCAACAUCAACCGAGAGUGUUGAAACCAUACAAAAAGCAAUGCAGGAUGGAUUGGAUGCCUGUUCAGUCGGCCCUGAUGGGUGCGUAGUUGGUAGUCAGCCACUAAAUGAGACAGCAACCGUCGAAGCAUCUGGAACGUAUUCAGUCGCCGUAUGCGAUCAAUAUGAAGGAUAUUGCGACACAAUUUCCACAAGUUGUUCAACUAUUGAAGGAAGUUUGAAUUGUAAAUGUAAUCCAGGUUAUGUAACGAUGGAUGGGAAUAGUCAAUAUUGUAAACUUGACAUUUGCAAUACCGACUCCGACUGCAAUGGUCCGUUUGGAGAAUGUGUGGGUCAGCCCGGAUCAUGCAAAUGUGUGUUUGGUUUCUCUGGAACACACUGCCGAGAUCCUUGGCUGCUCGUGUUUAUUACGGUCGGUGGGUCUCUUCUACUUAUCUUAAUCGCUGUUCUUAUCGCACUGUGCGUUUCAAAAAGCAAGAGCAGCAAAAAAUCAAAAUCAGCAGCGUACCAAAAUGGCAACAACAGCUCCACGCUACACGAGAAUCCAUUCUACGACAAGAAAGGAAAUAUACCGGAGUCAACUGAAAACGUUUUGAAAACUUUUAACUACAAAUUCAACGGAAAUAUGCGAGCCACGGUCCCUUCUAACUUGAACUUCGACGAUGAGAAUUACAAAAGACGCAGUCAUGCACCUUCGGAGCGAGCGGGCUCGAACGCAAGCGACAAUAGAAGUUAUGUACCAGACUCCCACUAUGAGAGAAACGGUCGAGGUCACAACAACUAUCUGGAUUGAUACGUUCAACGUUAUCUCUUUUACCAUUCCAUUUUCUUUUCAUUUUUAUAAAUUUGUGUGCUGGAACGCCAAAGACAUUCGCGAUAAAACAAGACGUUUGUGUUUGUAUUUUAAAUUAAAUUAAAUUCUUAAAUAUUUAACGUUUUCCGGCCUAUUCAGUUUACAUUUCUGUUAACUUGGAAGGUUUAUAUUGCGUGGACCUUGAAAAGACAAAGCUUUGUCACCUAAUAUGUUUUAACCCCGCCUUAUUUUCCAGUGACAGGUUACAGCCAAAAAUGCACACGUCAUAUGUGUGUUCUAAAUUCCUUUUUUGCGAUUAACCUUCCAGAGUGUAGUGAGUGAACACAUAUCGUCAGUUUUGUAUCGUUAAUAUUUAACUGAAGCGUCAAUUGUUCAAACUGUUGGGUGUGGUUUAUUCCAUCGUCAAAAAGUUAAUCAUUUUCAAGCCCUCCAUGUUUCUUUAUCAUUUAUACUGCAGUUGCGUGAGGCGCAUUUUUAAAGUUUGUUAUAUAUUGCGCAUACAUUGAUUAUUGACCAACCCUAUAUUGUUCGAAUAUGAGUUAGUGCUCAGAUAUGCAAUCGUUUUUAUGGCCCUAAAUACCAUCGCAUAAAGUUCAACGUUCUCACCACAGUCACGCAAGCAUCGCUAUAUAAAACACAGUUGCCAUAACACAGUCUUUGUUUUUCUUGCUAUAAAUCGCUUACUGUUUGCCCGCAUAUUAAUUUAGUGUACAUUCCGGUAUAUUAAUUUAUUGUAUUUCAGCAGCUCAAGCGAAAGUAAUGCUGCAUGAUUGCGACAUAUGUCGUUUUACAAGUUUAAAAAUAAAUCACAAUUUAUACUAAC